UCUCCCAGUACCUCCCCCAACAACCAAUGGUGGCUACAGCAGGAACCCCUGCACCUCGCACAGAGAGCUCAUCACCAUGACAGAUGGCUACUUGUGGUUUGAAGGGUUACCUUUCCCUGUGAUUGGUUACAGCCAUGAAGUUUUGAAAGAAGCAUGUGCUCAGUUUGUGAUAAAGGAUGAAGACACAGUAUUGGUGACCUACCCCAAAUCAGGAAGUCACUGGGUGAUUGAAAUUCUCUGCCUGAUUCACUCCAAAGGGGACACCAAGUGGAUUCAGUCUGUGCCAAUCUGGGAACGAUCACCCUGGUUAGAGUCCAAUGGGGGUUAUAAAUUGUUAAAGGAGCGAGAGGGCCCAAGACUCCUAGCCUCUCACCUGCCCUUCCAUCUCUUCCCUACAUCUUUGUUCACGUCCAAGGCCAAGGUGAUAUAUAUCAUGAGAAAUCCUAAAGAUGUUCUUGUGUCAGGUUAUUAUUUUUGGACUAUGACACAUGUUUCUAAGAAACCAGAGUCACUGGAACAGUAUUUUCAGUGGUUCAUGGAAGGAAACGGCAUCUGUGGGGACUGGAAGAAUCACCUCACAGUGGCCCAGGCUGAAGCCUUGGAUAAAGUUUACCAGGAGAAGAUGUUGGGUUUCCCCAAAGAGCUGUUCCCAUGGGAGUAA